GGAGAGGGAGAGAAAGAGGAGGGCAUUGAGUAAGAAGGAAGGUAGAGGAGCAGUAUCUGUGACCGACCGAGGAGCGAUGUUCUCCCAAGGAAAGGGCUGAGGAGCCGACGUGACCUCCCCACCUCCAGAGCUCGGUCAGCCGACUGCCACGCACCAAGAGGCGGAUGCGAUGUGAGCAUGCAGCCGCCACAGAGGCAGACCUGUCCCUGAGAGGAGCUCCGCUGCAGCUGGAUUACGUGCCUCCCCGCUGUUUCCAAGGAGCAGCCGCAAACACCUUCCCACAUGAAUUUAUCAGAAAAGCGAGCACUUCACGCCAAGAGUGCCUACUCCUGCUGAGUGAAGCCCCACCUGCAUCUCUGUCACCUCCAACCAACCCGACGGUGGUGCCAUGUGUGUGUGUAAGCCAGGCAGAGUCCUGGCCCAGUCCAGGCGGCCCGUCCUGGGUCUCGGCCUUCAUCCAUCCCCCAUGACUCUCCUGCUGCCUUUGAUUAUCCUUCUAACCAGACCUUGGAGCAGCGUGUGUGCAGCACUAGCCUCUCCAAAGUUCACCAAGAUACCCACAGACCAGAUCGGAGUGUCAGGGGGCGUGGCAUCAUUUGUGUGUCAGGCCGUCGGCAACCCCAAGCCUGUCGUCUUCUGGAACAAGAAGGGCAAGAAGGUCAACUCCCAGCGUAUCGAGACUAUAGAGUUUGAUGAAGGAGCCGGAGCCGUGCUGAGGAUCCAGCCACUCAGAGCGCCCCGAGAUGAGAACUUCUACGAGUGUGUGGCCCGGAACAGUGAAGGACAGGUCGCUGUCACUGCAAAGCUGGAUAUUAUCAGAGAGGACCUGUUGCCACUGGGCUUCCCCAGUAUAGACAUGGGACCCCAGCUGAAGGUGGUGGAGCGGACCAAGACAGCCACCAUGCUGUGUGCGGCCAGUGGCACCCCGGACCCAGAGAUCUCCUGGUUCAAGGACUUCCUGCCCGUCGACCCCAGCCUCAGCCAGGGUCGCAUCAAACAGCUUCGAUCAGGAGCGUUGCAGAUCGAGAACAGCGAGGAAACGGACCAGGGGAAGUACGAGUGUGUGGCCACCAACUCUCAAGGCGUGCGUUACUCCUCUCCUGCAAACCUUUAUGUUCGAGGAGCGACAGACACAUUGCGCCGUGUGCCCCCUCGUUUUUCUAUCUCACCCUCCAAUCACGAGAUCAUGCCGGGAGGGAGCGUCAACAUCACCUGCGUGGCCGUGGGCUCGCCCAUGCCCUAUGUCAAGUGGAUGCUGGGUAACGAGGACCUCACCCCCGAGGACGAAAUGCCCAUCGGUCGAAACGUGCUGGAGCUCAACGGCGUCCGGGAAUCUGCAAACUACACCUGUGUGGCCAUGAGCAGCCUGGGCAUCAUUGAGGCCAUCGCUCAGGUCUUAGUCAAGACACUACCAAAGCCCCCCGGGACACCCAUCGUCACGGAAACCACAGCCACCAGCAUCACCAUCACCUGGGACUCCGGCAAUCCCGACCCUGUCUCCUACUACAUCAUCCAGUACCGAGCCAAGGGGCCAGACAGCAAGUACGAGACAGUGGACAGCAUCACCACCACUCGCUACAGCAUUGGUGGACUCUACCCCAACACCGAGUACGAAAUACGGGUGUCGGCUUUCAACAGCAUCGGCCAGGGCCCCCCAUCCACUCGUGUGGAGGCUCGCACAGGAGAGCAAGCCCCCGCCAGUCCUCCACGAAACGUCCAGGCUCAUGUUAUCUCUGAGAACACUGUGUUGGUCCGCUGGGAGGAACCAGAAGAGCCCAACGGGCAGGUGAAGGGCUAUCGGGUGUACUACACCAUGGAUCCAUCACGAUCGAUCAACGAGUGGCACAUCCAUAACGUCCAGGACAGCCUCCUCACCACUAUUCAGAACCUCGUGACCUCAGAGACGUACACCAUCCAGGUCCUGGCCUUCACCUCCGUAGGAGACGGGCCCUUCUCAGACCCCGUUCCUGUCAAAGUUGUCAUAGGUGUUCCAGGACAACCAGUCAAGUUCAAAGUUGGGAAGGUGACCGACACCACCAUCGAGCUGACCUGGGAACCAGCAUACACCAAGGAGAAAAUAAUCAACUAUGAGCUGCUCUACAAACCAGUCAGAUUUGGCAGCUUGGAGAAGCGGACCUUUGAGCCGAGGACCUCGAUCGUGGUGGAGGGUCUGAAAGCAAACACAGAGUACUCCUUCUCCCUGGCAGCCAAGUCGAGCAAAGGCAUCGGAACGUUCACUAAUGAGCUGGUGCAGAGGACGUUACAAGCCAAGCCCUCAGCUCCACCCGAGGGUGUGUCCUGCGAGAGUAUCAGCUCCACCUUGCUGAGGGUGAGUUGGAGGCCGCCUGAGCUGGAGGGCCAGAACGGCGAGCUGGGAGGUUAUGAGGUCAAGUACCUGCGAGUUUCUGGGGCAGGAGGAAGAGGCCAGGGCCAAGAGGUGGUGGCGCCUCGCGUGUCGGCCCCCCAGCGACAAACCGUGCUGGAGGGGCUGGAGAAGUGGAGCUGGUACAAUCUAACAGUGGCAGCCUUCACCGCAGAGGGAACCGGACCCUCCAGCCCGGCUGUGAUGUGUAGAACAGAUGAGGAUGUUCCCGGCGCGGCCCCCCGCCAGGUGGACGUCCAGCCGCUCAAUUCCUCAGCGCUACGAGUCACGUGGCGCUCCGUGUUACCACGGUUACGGCAAGGCCAGAUCCGUGGCUACCAGGUGCACUUCAGCCGCGCGGAGAGUGGUGAAUCACGCACCCUGCCCCGCAUCAAAGACCUCCUAUUGGACGACUCCCAGAUGGAGGAGGAUGAUUCUACUCAGUAUGAGCUGAUUCUAGGAGGUUUGAAAGCAGAGACAUUGUACUCCGUCUCGGUGGCGGCGUACACCACUAAAGGGGAUGGAGCGCACAGCAAAGCCAAGCUGGUGCGGACCACGGGGAUUGUGCCGGGGCCCCCCUCCCUCUGGGUGCGUCCACAAUCUGCCACAUCAGUGGUGGUGAGGUGGUCUCCUCCUUUGGAUUGCCCCGAGACGGCCCCCGACAACAGAGGGACCCCGUUGGAAAUCAAAGGCUACCAUCUACAGUAUGGCUUGAAGAACUCAUCUCUAAACACCACGGAGGAUUUUUCCCCCCGUGAGAGAAACUUCACCGUGGGAAACCUAACCCCGGGCUCCUCCUACCUCUUCGUCCUCGCCGCAAUAAACCGCGUGGGCUACGGAGACGCAGCACAGCAGGAAAUUGAUAUUCCCAUAUCUCCGCCCUCUGGAUACCCUAAAUUAACUGAUUUUGUUAACGCGACUUGCUGUUCCCUCCAGUUCUUCUGGCUACCUCUGGCCCCAGAUGAGUGUAACAGUGUCAUUACAGAGUACACCGUGGCUUACAAACAGGCUGCAGCCCCCAGACUUUCUGCUGACCCAGUUCCCUCCGUCUCACCCGCCCCUUCUGCUCCUCCGUGGCUGAUCACACUGCCAGCGAGUGAGUCCAGCUACACCAUCGUGGGCCUCAAUCACAGCACAGCCUACGAGGUGCAGCUCAGAGCCCACAACAAGGCUGGGCCGGGCCCGUUCAGCCCCGCUCUGCUGUGUCUCACCCUGGCCUUUGAAACAGAUGUCCCGAGAAAUUUCUCAGUCAAGCUGUCCACUAAGACCAGCGUCCUCCUCACCUGGAUCUUUCCAGAGACCACCAACCCCUAUCACUUUAUUGUGGAGUAUAAUCAAAAGAUGAUGGAGUUGGACGCUCGCCUGAAGAAGGCCGUAAUCCCAAACCUCCAGCCGGACACAAGCUAUGACUUUAAAAUCACGGCUCCUGAGGACAACAUGGGAGGACUCCGCCAUCGCAUUACCGCCAAGACUUCUCCGACGAUCACCAUCCGCCGCCCUGAGAUCGACCACACCCGUGAAACCGAAACCACGGUCACCAUCAUCGUUCCACCUCUGGAAACCCGCACUGUCAGGAAUGUUUAUGUCGUCGUGGUUCCGCUGAGGAGAAUCCGUGGCGUCAUCAGGCCCCCUAAAAGUCCAGAUGAAAUGGACCUAGAAGAGCUGCUGAGAGACAUCAGUCAAAGGCAGAGGGAUGCUCGCCAGCAGAAGCAGGUGGACCUGAAGCGGGCUUACAUCACGGCGCGUUUCACACCUGCCACCCUCCCGGCCUUCUUCACCCUGGGGGACCAGCUGGACUACGGAGGCUUCGAGAACCGAGCUCUGGAGCCGAAGCAGGAAUACAUCUUCUUCAUCCUGGCUGAGCUGAACUCCACGACAGGGAGGAUGUACGUGGCCAGCCCGUACACCGAGCCCGUGAUCGCCCCGGAUUCAGACCCGCAGCCUUUCGACGCGGGCGACGGCCUGAUCUGGGUGGUCGGACCCGUUCUGGCCGUGGUCUUCAUCAUCUGCAUCGUUAUUGCUAUCCUCCUGUACAAAAACAGCAAGCCUGACAGCAAGCGCAAGGACUCCGAACCAGGAACCAAGAGCCUUUUGAGCAAUGUGGAGAUGAUGGCGCAUCACCCGACGGAUCCCGUGGAGAUGAGACGCAUCAAUUUUCAGACUCCCGGCAUGAUGAGCCACCCCCCCAUCCCCAUCAGCGAGCUGGCUGAGCACAUCGAGCUGCUGAAAGCCAACGACAACCUGAGGCUGUCCCAGGAGUACGAGUCAAUCGACCCCAGCCAGCAGUUUACCUGGGAGCACUCCAACCUGGAGGUGAACAAGCCCAAAAACCGCUACGCCAACGUCAUCGCCUACGACCACACCAGAGUCAUCCUGGCCCCCGUAGAAGGCAUCCUGGGAAGUGAUUACAUCAACUCCAACUACAUCGACGGCUACAGGAAGCAGAAUGCCUACAUCGCCACCCAGGGGCCCCUGGCUGAGACAUUUGGGGACUUCUGGAGGAUGGUGUGGGAGCAGAGGACCGCAUCUGUUGUCAUGAUGACGCGCCUGGAGGAGAAGUCACGGAUAAAGUGUGAUCAGUACUGGCCGAGCCGCGGCACAGAGACAUACGGGAUGGUUCAGGUCACGCUGCUGGACACCAUGGAGUUGGCAACCUUCUGCGUUCGCACCUUCUCCCUCCACAAAAGUGGCAGCAGUGAGAGGAGAGAGGUACGUCAGUUCCAGUUCACAGCCUGGCCCGAUCACGGCGUUCCAGAGUAUCCCACCCCCUUCCUCAACUUCCUACGCAGGGUCAAAGCCUGCAACCCCCCGGAUGCUGGACCCAUCAUUGUUCACUGCAGUGCCGGUGUCGGUCGCACCGGCUGCUUCAUCGUCAUCGACGCCAUGCUGGAGCGUAUUCGGCAUGAGCGCACCGUGGACAUCUAUGGUCACGUGACGCUAAUGCGCUCUCAGAGGAACUACAUGGUGCAGACGGAGGACCAGUACAGCUUCAUCCACGAGGCCCUGCUGGAGGCCGUGGCUUGUGGGAACACUGAGGUUGCGGCCCGCAGUCUCUACUCCUACAUGCAGAAACUGUCCAAGGUGGAGCCUGGAGAGCACAUCACUGGCAUGGAGCUGGAGUUUAAGCGCCUGGCUAACACCAAAGCCCACACGUCCCGGUUUGUCACAGCCAAUCUCCCCUGCAACAAAUUCAAGAACCGACUGGUGAACAUCAUGCCCUAUGAAACCACUCGUGUGUGCCUCCAGCCAAUCAGAGGCUUGGAAGGCUCCGACUACAUCAACGCCAGCUAUAUAGAUGGAUACAGGCAACAAAGAGGCUACAUUGCCACCCAGGGCCCACUGGCGGAGACUACGGAGGACUUCUGGAGGAUGCUUUGGGAACACAACUCUACCAUCGUGGUCAUGCUGACGAAGCUGAGAGAAAUGGGUCGGGAGAAGUGCCACCAGUACUGGCCCGCUGAGCGCUCAGCCAGGUAUCAGUACUUCGUGGUCGACCCGAUGGCAGAGUACAACAUGCCCCAGUACAUCCUCCGGGAGUUCAAAGUCACAGAUGCCAGGGACGGCCAGUCUAGAACAGUACGCCAGUUCCAGUUCACUGACUGGCCUGAACAAGGCGUGCCCAAAUCUGGGGAAGGCUUCAUCGACUUCAUUGGCCAAGUGCACAAAACCAAGGAGCAGUUCGGCCAGGACGGGCCAAUCGCCGUCCACUGCAGUGCUGGUGUUGGACGGACCGGUGUCUUCAUCACUCUGAGUAUCGUCCUGGAGAGAAUGCGUUACGAGGGGGCAGUGGACAUCUUCCAAACUGUCAAAAUGCUGCGCACACAGAGACCAGCCAUGGUGCAGACUGAGGAUGAGUACCAGUUCUGCUACCAGGCUGCUCUCGAGUACCUGGGUAGCUUUGACCACUAUGCAACAUAAGAGAACAGACAACCGUGCAACCAUCUUUCUGCUUCGAGGUCAAACUCAACAAACCAACAAGCGACACGAGAGAAAGGUGGUCCCGACACAAACGUGAACAUUUCUCGGAUGCAGAAUCUAACUUGACGCCACCAAGCGACACAAAAACAGCAACUCUGACAGCACUCGGAGCUCAUCAGCGCGUUCCCUGAUGAGCGAGGAGGUUCUCUAUGUGUAAUCCAUAUACUUACCUCAGUGUUCCAGUGUGAAGGACAUAUAAUACAUGUGUGUUGUGGUCAACUAUCUCCAGUAUGAAGCAGUGAAAUAACGAAUGGCUUCUGAACAGGAGUUCGGAUACUCCAAUGUGUGUAAAAUACUAAAAGAUUUAAGGGAAAAAAACACAAAGAGCCUGGAUAUUUGCUGCACCCUAAAUGGGCUUUUUAUCCUCAACUUUCUAUCUAUUAGUUUGAUGUUCUAAAGGAGUUACCGAGUGGACAUUUCUAUGUCUGAGUCUAUUGCAAAGGUGUCUACUGCUACUGAAGGCAGAUCCGGCUGCAAAAGCAUCGGCAGUUUGGACUCACCGCCCGGAGAAGCAUGUGGAUGCUCAUUUACCAGAUGCACAGUGCCAAGAUUAAACCAUGCAGCGUGAACAAGAACUGAGGCCUACAAGGAGAGGCGGCUCCCUUUAUUAUCCAGCAUCAAGUUAGAUUAAACAAAGCAUUCUCACUCAUGAUUUGUGCUCUCGGUGAGUAAACCGCUGACCUCUGAGCAGAAGUCAGAGCCCACCGAUCUGGACUCCAUUAACAGAGCUUGGUUGUUAUUUGCUGUUCAUUCCUCCACCAUUAGUUCCUCUUGAAAGUGAUGCAAGAAAUGUUUUUAUUUCUGGGGGUUGUUUGGCCUUAUUUUGGCGUUUUUAUGUUUUCUGUCUUUCAACAUGCUGCCUACAGCUCGUGUGCUUAAAUUGUUAUCCUUGUAAAUUAUCUUCAGCUGAUGAUGGUCCUCUUCAUAUUCCUCUCCUAUACUUGAAUCACGCCACUUCUGCAGUUAAAUUCUGCAUUCAUUUGAUCCGUUUUUUCCCCAUUUUCAGGUUAAAAGGUGAUGUAGGAUCAUGACGGACAUUUCCUUUUUCCUCCCCUCCUCCACAAAACCCUCCUUUAGAGUUUCCUCUUCCUUUUAAUUCAGUUCAAUUCAGUUCAAAAAUACUUUAUUAAUCCCAAAGGGAAAUUGAUUAAUGGCUCUGUAUGCAAGUUGACCUGCACCUGCCCCUCGGUAUCGAUGUAUAUCUCCUCCUAGUUUUAAAUAUAAUCGUUACUGGUCUCAUGCAGCGAUUAAAGAGCACAGUAAUGCCCCAGAUUGAGACAUCUUGGGCCAAUUCACCACUUUUGUACAUACAAUCUAUCACCAGAGUCCUCUACAUACAUCUGUGCACAAGAUAUAUAACAUGGGACCGGAUAUGAUGUAGUGCUUAUUGUCGCUAAAAAAGAAAAAGCCUUAUUAUCGCUCACUUCAGCAUAUUUAUUUCAUAUCAUUUUUAAAGAUAUUUAUGAUUCUAUUUAGUUAUUUUUCAUUUUGUUUUUAUUUAUUUUGGAUUUCUAGCAACUUUUAUGAAUAUUUGUGCGUUUUACCGGCGAGCCGAUGUCGAAGGGUGAUGUCUCAGUUUUAUUUUUUAUUUUUGUAACGGUCAUUUUUGGUGUUUUUUAUUUGCUUUGUAAUGAUGACGUAUGCCCUCUGUGUAGGGUGCUAUUUGAUACUAAUUACUGAUGUCUGACUAGUUAGCUAAAGAUGUAAAUUAGAGGCAGAGAUCCUGAUCCCCGUCCUCCUCCUCCUCCGCUCUACCUGCCGCGGGAUGAUGCUGAUGCUGAGGUUCCUUCCACCCCUCUGCGAUGGCAUCCCGGGCGUCUGAGGAGUUAGAGAUCCAGCGAUCCUGUCCUGACGAGCUGCUGGUGUUUAGUUUGCUGGGAAGUACAUGGUAGCAGGUGUAUUUUUGACAGCGAAUGGUUAAGCGUCGUCUAGCUAGACACUUUAUACGCCCUUGAAGAAAAAGCUAUUGUUUGAAUCUGAAAUUAUUCUCAUAUGAACUCUAUGUGUGGUCCUGGAGUCUUGACGAUGUUCAGCUUAUAUGAAAUAUGUUACUCCGUUGAUUUCUAAUGGUUAUUGUGUCAAGAGAAAUAUUAAAAGGCACACGCGAAAACAUAAGAUGAAACGUGUUGAGGGCCAGCUCUGAUGAUGCCAUACCCCUCACUUAUGUACUUGUUCUUUCCUUACAGACCAUAGAUGUAGAUAUUGUAUCUUGGAUUUGUAUUAAAAACAGGAUGAUUGGAUAAACAGCAA